CCACUUGAAGUGCAACGUCAAUCUUAUUGAUUUGGAAUUGGUGUUUUUUGGCUUAUUAAAUUGCUGUGUGGAUUCUUCCUUUGGAUGCACGCAUGAGUCUGCCUUGCUGACCUCCACUUGGGUUUUGCCUUUCUCUCCAUGACACUCUUUCUCCACCAUGUUGGGUCUGCAUGUUUUGCUUUUCAGGCAGAGGACAAGAGACACAAGCAAGGCAUCAAGGGAGAACAAAACAGCUUUUGGGAGCUGUAGAAUUCCAUCAACAAAUCAGGCCAUGGGUUAAGAAAUAAAUUGUGGGAGAAGGAUAGCUGGAGUAUUGAGAUUCACACAAGCAAGGGAAGACAUAACGUUUGGAUUUGGACAAUUCGGUGGGAAAUUUGUUUUGCAGGAGGAGGAACAGGAAUUUCAGGGUACAGUUAUAUUCCUGUGCAACCAAAUCCCCUGACUUGUCGAUCAAAAUGAUUUAUAUUCUACUUGUUUGGCAAAAAUGUUGUACAAGAUGCUGAGAGAAUGGAUGAUAUGAACAGCUGGAAUUGAAAAUCAGAAGAAGAGAAGGGAAAAAAGGGCAGUACAGGGCUGGGCUAGGCAAGCUAGGCUAUGGAUGGAUAUAUACACACACAUAUGUUUGUGUGUAUGUACAUGUUACAUUCCGUGUGGCUCACGGUCAGAGGAUAUACUAAAUGAAUAUAUGAAUGCUAUGGAAUGGGUGUGUUGUACAGAUGGGCCAGGGGGUUGCGUUUGUGCUGCAACUUAGUGCUGACAGGAAGUCAUCCCGAAAAGAUUUGUGCCACAAAUUGUGCUGCUCAUAUGCGACAACACUACAGUGUGCUUAGGGCUUGAACUGGUGGUGUGUGUUUUUGUGGUUACAAGGGAUACACCUACUAGUUCUGCACAGAUUUUUUGCAAAGCCUGGAUAAGCAUGGGGUGAUUGCGUGAAGGGAAGGAAUAUUUUGGGGAUGGACAGCACGGCCGUCCUGGAAAUAAUAAAAAAAAGUGUUGUGGAGAAGAAGAAGAACAAGGGCUUGGUUGAUUUUCCAACCAGGAUCUUCUUCUGAGAAAGCGCAAUUCUACUAGUAUUAUUAUUAUCAUUAUUAUUAUUAUUUUUGCUUCUGAUUGUUGAUUGCUGAUUGCUUCUGUAAGCAGUACUACUGGAGCUUGGCAGAGCAGAGGAGGGCCAGGCAGGCAGGGCUGUUGAUCUCAGAUCAUGUUGUCCUCAGUUGUCAAAGCGGAUAUCACUAUUAUAACUAAGGGCUCCAGCAGUCUGGUGGCUCCAUUGCGGGGAUUGGGACUCGAACUCGAACUCGAGCACAGGUGCAAAUGCAACGCCAGAGGACGCAGCAAAAUCAAGAAGAUCAGGAGGAAAUCGAGAAGAAGAACAGCAGCAGCAGCGGCGGCUACAGCUUCUUCAAUUUGCUCUGCUGUUCGGCCGCCUCUUUCAAUGAAAUGCUGGCCUCCUCUGAUUCACACGAAGAAGAAGAGGAAAGAGCAGCAGAAGAAGCAAAUGCCUUUGAAAGCGGACGAACAGAACCUCCGCCGCCGCCGCCGCCAUUGCCGCCGGCGUCGAUUUCUGAGCUGGUGAUGGAAGCUGGUGAAGCCGUCGCGCAGAACGACCGGAACCGCGCAGGGCGCCUGGUUGCGCCUCUGACGGCUCGCGCGUGUGCUCGCGGCGACGCUACAGAGCGCCUGGCCUGCCAAUUUGUCCGCGCGCUCUGUUCAAGAAUGCACAUUUCUUCCAUUUUCGGCGAACCCUCGGAAGCGGCAGCGGAUUUGGAGACGGCUUACCUUGCCCUAAAUCAGGUCACGCCUUUCGUCCGUUUUGCUCACCUGACGGCUAACCAGGCGAUCUUGGAGGCCAUUAAUGGCCACGAAGGUUCCAUUCAUAUUGUUGACCUAAAUAUUAUGCAGGGCGUCCAAUGGCCGCCAUUUAUGCAGGCUUUGGCAGAGCGGCCGGGCGGGCCGCCAAGCCUGAUGAAAAUCACCGCCGCCGGGCCCGAAUUGCACAGCCUGAACAGGACUGGACGGCGCCUGCACCGAUUUGCACAGACGCUGGGUCUUCCUUUCGAGUUCGUUUCGCUUCCAUUUGCGGAACAAUUUACCGGCAACAUAAUUUCUACCCCUGGUGAAGCCCUAGCUGUGAAUUGUGCCUUUUAUUUACACAGAUUGUUGGAUGACAAUGUGUAUAGCAGGUUGAGGUCCCUGCUGCUGCAAAUUAAGGGCUUGGAGCCGAGAGUUGUGACUGUUGCAGAGAAAGAAAUGGACAGCAACCAGGCGGAUUUUGUGUACCGGUUAUCUCAAAUGUUUGCUCAUUAUUCUUCCAUUUUUGAGUCUCUUGAGGCCACGCUGCCUCCUAACAGUAAAGAGCGGUUCAGUGUAGAGGAAAUUUGGCUGGGAAGGGAGAUUGUUAACACUGUUUCUAGUGAUACCAGGCACCAGAGAUUUGAGCGCUGGGCUCAAGUUAUGAAUGAUUGUGGCUUUAACAGUAUUCCUCACAGUGAAUUUGCUAUUUCACAGGCCAGGCUUCUUCUCAGACUCCAUUACCCUUCUGAAGGAUAUUAUUUGGAGGCUCUCAACAAUUGCUUCUUUUUAGGAUGGCAGAACGCUCCUCUUUUCUCAGUCUCAUCUUGGCAUUGAUUUGAUUUGAUUGACCAGAAUCCUACUACUCCAGUUCCAAUGCCCCCCCUCUCUCUCUCUCUCUCUUUCUGGUUUCUCUCAUUGCAUUUUAAUUACCUACUACGUCCAUCAACAAUAUCAAAGAUUGCAUACAACAUGGCUCCGGUUAGUUAGUUGUAUGUAGACUGUUGAAUGAACAAAUUCAAUCUUCACAUCACGCCAUUAUAUCCAUCCAAGUAAUCCUGUAUCUAAGACUGUUAGACUAACUAACCAAUAAUAUUGAUAAUAAGAUUGAAGAUACAUAUAUAUGUUUUAUGAAAUCUAGCUGUGUUAUUGGAAUCAGGAGAGCAAGUUCUUUUUAAAUGUGAAUCCUUGCCAAAACACCAAACAAUGGCGUUUUGCAGAGAUACUUGAAAGAAAGCAACUGACUCAGUGCAAAUGUUACAUGCAUGCCUUCUUUCACAGGCAUGCAGUUUUCGAAUCCUCUCAUAUAAAACUCGUUAUAAGAUUAUAUAUAUUUUUCUAUGGAGCGAAUAUGUAUAUCAUUUUCAGAUCAA